AUGGCAGAAACUAAACCAAAUGAUCAAAAGCUCCAUAUAACCGAGCAGCCCAUCACACUGUCCAACUGGCACCGUCAUGUCAAUUGGAUCAAUACCAGUUUGAUUCUAGUAGUGCCAAUAUUUGGUUGUAUCGCUGCUUUCUUCACUGAGUUGAAGCCGGUCACAGCCGCUUGGGCUAUUUUGUAUUACUUCUGGACUGGUCUUGGGAUCACUGCUGGAUAUCAUCGUCUUUGGUCGCAUCGUUCAUAUGAAGCGGGUCUCCCACUUAAGAUUUUUCUCGCGUGCGUUGGUGGAGGUGCAGUUCAAGGUUCUAUUCGUUGGUGGAGCAGCAAGCACCGUGCCCACCACAGAUGGACGGACACGGUUAAAGACCCUUACAGCGUUCGAAAGGGAGUGUGGUACUCCCAUUUCAUGUGGAUGGCUUUGAAACAAAACCCGAAGGAUCGUGGCCGAACGGAUAUUUCAGACCUGAAUCACGACCCGAUCGUUGUGUGGCAGCAUAGGCACUAUGGAAUGGUAAUCCUUGUUUUUGGAAUGUUAUUCCCCAUGUUGGUAGCUGGUCUCGGCUGGGGCGAUUGGCAGGGUGGACUGGUAUAUGCAGGAAUUUUGAGAUUCUUUUUCGUGCAGCAAGCAACCUUCUGUGUUAAUUCCCUGGCUCAUUGGUUGGGUGAUCAGCCAUUUGAUGACAGGAACUCGCCCCGCGAUCAUGUCAUUACUGCUUUGGUGACCUUGGGUGAAGGGUAUCAUAAUUUCCAUCAUGAGGUAAAAUUCACGCCCUCUGUUUCUGUUGAAUCAAUUCUGACUUAUCAGUUCCCUUCGGAUUACCGUAAUGCGAUCGAGUGGUGGCAAUAUGACCCAACAAAGUGGUCCAUCUGGGUAUGGAAGCAACUUGGUCUAGCGUCUAAUCUGAAACAAUUUCGCGCAAAUGAGAUUGAAAAAGGCCGCGUUCAACAAUUGCAGAAGAAGGUCGACCAAAAGCGAGCAAAGUUGGAUUGGGGUGUUCCUCUUGAGAAGCUACCAGCUGUUUCUUGGGAUGACUUUGAGGUUGAGACUCAGAGUGGAAAGGCCUUGACAGUGAUUGCUGGUGUUAUCCAUGAUUUAACUCAUUUCAUCCAUGAGCACCCCGGUGGGAAGGUUUUGAUCAGUUCGGCAAUUGGGAAGGAUGCAACUGCUUUGUUCAACGGAGGAGUGUAUAACCAUUCUAAUGCUGCACAUAAUUUGCUUUCCACCAUGAGAGUCGGGGUGAUUCGAGGAGGUGGUGAAGUGGAAAUUUGGCGGAGAAGAAAUAGCGACAAAGCUAUUUAA